UUUCCGUGAGCUGUCAGAGGUUUGUUAUAAUGUACAUGAGUGUUUGUGCUCCAGCGAGUGGAGUUCAUGCUUGUUUGGUCUGACUGUAUCGGUGCAGGUCAGAGGGACCAUAGUGUGUGAGAGAACGAGGAUAUCUGAAGAUCUUUUCCUUGGAGGAGUCAGUGAAGAGCGCUUGCUAAAAGAACAACUCUGUGAGGGCGUUUUCUGCAUUUCCUUCACCCUUGUCUUUAUCUGCUGGCUGGGAUGAGGGGGCUCAGGAGCCGUAUUGUCGGGCUCCUGUCGGCCUUCUUCUCCACUGCCCUUGGUCUUUAUUUCCCUCCUCACGUGGAGCAGCUGCCGACCAUCACCGCUCAGACCUCAGGCUCUCUCAUUACCUUGCCGUAUGAUGAGAACUUCCUGUUCAAGUGUGAAGCCAAAGGCAACCCAAGACCUACGUACCGCUGGACGAAAGAUGGGAUGGAUUUCGACCCGCAGAAAGACCCUCGGCUCAUUAAAGAAGAAAGCAGUGGGACCUUUAUGAUACCCAACACUAAAGAGAAAGUGAAAUACCAGGGAAAGUACAGAUGUUAUGCCUCAAACAAGCUCGGGACUGCAAUAUCAGAAGAAUCAGAAUUCAUUGUGCCUAUGGUACCCAAGUUUCCCAAAGAGAAGACAGAGCCAGUGGUGGUCACAGAGGGCGAUUCAGUGGUUUUGGAGUGUAACCCGCCACAAGGAACUCCACCUUGGCAGCUGUACUGGAUGACCAAUGAUCUUCGACACAUUGAGCAGAAUGAGAGGGUGUCCAUGGGCCUCAAUGGGAAUCUGUACUUCUCUAAUACACUGGUGGAAGAUAGCCACGAUGACUACUGCUGUUUUGCCUCCUUUUCCAGGAUACGCACAAUCGUUCAGAAACCCCGCAUGAUCCUGAAGGUCAAGCCAAGCCAGGGGGAUGAUGACAUGACGAGUGUUCAGAAGAGGAAGCCGAGCAUUUUGGUGCCCUCCAGUCAUUCAACAACAUACCUAAAAAAAGGAGAAGAGCUGGAGCUGGAGUGUAUCGCAGCAGGACUGCCUACACCGGCGAUAGAAUGGAUCAAGAUGUGGGACAACUUACCGAAGCGUACACAAAUCAAGAACUAUGGAAAGCUUCUGACUAUACCAAACGUCACAGAUCAGGAUGAAGGGAAAUACAUGUGCAAAGCCAAGAAUGAUCUUGAUGAAGCUGUGCAUCAUUUCCAAGUUGUUGUGGAGGAGCCGCCCAGCUGGCAGGAGGAGCCAGUGAAGAGUCAGUUAGCAGAGAUUGGAUCUGACAUCCACAUCAAGUGUUCUGCUACAGGAAAACCUCAACCCACAAUCACCUGGAAGAGAAAUGGCCAGCCUCUUGAUGAUUUUCCUUCUACCAAUUACAAAGUGCUUGAUGACAGAAUAAUGAUCCGCGGAGUGCAGCAGAAAGACACUGCCGUGUACCAAUGUGAGGUCUCCAACAAGUACGGGACCCUGCUUGUCAACACUAACGUGCUUGUCAUGAAUCAUCCCCCUUUGAUUCUGACGCCGAGUUAUCUGGAGUAUGCGACCAUGCUCGGCAAGAGUGUGAUUAUGGACUGCAAAGUCUUUAGUUCACCACCUGCCACCAUUAACUGGAGAAGAGAAGACCCAGAGGGCUCUCUAGAUGGAGAGAGAUAUUCUCUCCUGAAGAAUGGCUCCCUGCAGAUUCACAAAGUCGAGGAGGAAGAUAUGGGCCAGUACAAAUGUUUGGCAAACAACUCCGAAGGCGCCGAGAGCCUCACCACUGAACUUUUCAUUAAAGAUUCAACGAGGAUUGUCGAACCUCCUCAAGACAUGAAGGUCAAAAAAGGAUCAAUGGCAGAGCUGGAGUGCCAGGUGGAGUGCGAUUCCACCCUCAGAAGAGAGCUGGAGAUCCUGUGGAUGAAAGAUGGGAUGAAUAUCCUCUCAAACUUCUCUGAAGGCUAUUACACAGAUGAUGGAAUUCUCCAGAUUGUCAAUGUGAGCCACAGUGAUCAAGGGAAUUACACCUGCGUUGUUCGAACAUCACUGGACCAAGAUGCAGCUUCUGCAUACAUAACUGUGUUAGAUGUCCCAGAUCCACCGGUUCAACUGACACUCACUGAUCUGAAAGACCGCAGUGUGAGGCUCCAAUGGGCAGCCGCUAGUGAUCAUAACAGUCCCAUAACAGAGUUCAUCAUCCAGUAUGAAGAGAACCACUGGGAGCCAGAGAAGUGGAAGGAGCUUCUACGAGUUGCAGGCAGCCAGUUCUCAGCCCCCUUGACGCUCUACGGCCACAUUAACUACCAGUUCAGAGUCAUCGCUGUCAAUGCUAUUGGGAGAAGCCGUCCCAGCAUGUCCUCCGAAAGAUAUAAGACACCUCCCUGUGCUCCUGACAGGAACCCAGAAAACAUUAAGAUUGAGGGUCACCUGCCACAUCAGAUGGACAUCAGCUGGAAGCCUCUCUUGCCUGUGGAGCACAACGGUCCCGGUCUGGAAUACAAACUGAGCUACAGGCUCCUGGGUGUCGAGGACAGUUGGAAAGAACAGAUGGUGAAGAGACACUCAUUUGUGGUGCGAGACACCCCAACAUUUGUCCCCUACGAGGUCAAGAUCCAGGCCUUCAACCGUCACGGGUGGGCACCAGAGCCCAGAGUGGUGACUGGUUAUUCUGGAGAAGACCUGCCCUUGGCGACUCCCGAAGACGUAUCUGUGGAGGUGUUGAACUCUUCGCUGCUGAGGGUCAGCUGGUCACCGGUGCCCCAAUCCGCCUUGAGGGGCCAUCUUGGAGGAUACACUGUGCACUGGUGGCAAACUCAAAGUCUGUUGACCUCUAAGAGAAUUCCCUCAGAGAGCCAGUCUCUCACCAUCCCUGGAAACAGGAGUCACACCAUGGUGCCGGGACUGAAGCCAUUCUCUGAAUAUAGCCUGACUGUCAACGUCUUUAACCGGAAAGGGAAUGGGCCCAGCAGCAGUCCCAUCUCUUUCACAACUCCACAGGGAGUUCCUGAGCCACCUCCCAUCCUGAAAGCCACAAACUUUCAGAAAGACUCCAUCACGCUGGUGUGGGCGCCUCCGCAUGAAACCAACGGCUUUCUCACGGGAUACUUGCUGCAAUAUCAGACAAUUAAUAAGACUCUGGGUGAGCUGAAAUCUGUGAACAUCAGUGCGCCAGAUACAACACAGUGGGUCUUGCGUGAUCUGCAGGAGGACAACUGGUAUAAGUUCUACCUGAGCGCGUGCACGCAGGUGGGCUGCGGGUCAGCUAUCAGUGAGGAAGGAGGCACCGUCUCUGAAGCAUGGCAACCUUUCUCUUUCACCUCAUCUAAUACAGACAAUACCACAAUACCCUUUGUCAAUACCACCUUUCCUACCUUAGUUGUGCUCAACAUAUCCACCUUUGUAACUGACACCUAUGCAAGAAUCAGCUGGAGAACCAUAGGAGAACGUUCUGAUUCACAACUCUAUGUUGCCAUAAUGAAUCACAGUGAUGGUAUCUGGCAGCUUUCAGAGGCUUUAAAUACAUCUAAAGGUUUCCACCUUGUUGAAGGGCUCAGCCCAGGAACUGUGUACACAGUCCGGCUGCAGGCUUCACACAGGGUUGAUGUCCCUAGCAUUUUUGAAGAGGUUUUCAAGACCAGGAAAGUGCCUAGUAAACAACUCAUGGCAUCCCAGGAGUGGUUUGUGGCGAUGAUGUGCAUGGUGGCAUUACUAACUCUGCUUGUCCUCAUCGGCUGUUUUGUGCUCAAGAACAAAGGCGGCAAGUACGCAGUGAAGGAAAAGGAGGAAACUACCGCUGAUCCCGAAGCUCAAGUCAUGAGUGAAGAAUCUCCCUGCGAGUACAGUGACAAUGAUGAGAAGCCGCUGAAGAGCAGCCAGCAAUUGUUCACAGACAUCAAAGCGGAUGAUAGCAGCGAGGACAGCUCUGUGAUAUCGGAGGACGAUGACUGCGAGUUCAACGAAGACGGGUCGUUCAUUGGCGAGUACUCUGUGUACAAGCGUAGGGUGUCCACAGAGGUGAACGGACAUGGCCCGGUGACUUCUUAAUGCUGGUUCAACCUUAGGAACUUUUAUACUAUUUUACAGCGAGAAUGAAAAGUUUGUUUGUAAGAUGUGCCAUGAAUGUGCCUAUGUUUUUUACAGAGUUUGCUUUUGCAUGAAUAACCACUUCUUUACAGUAUUAAUAUGAAGGGUGAUGACAGGUUAUAGUUCCGGCCAACAUGAAAAUUAUGCCAUCAUUUACUCAUCACUAUGCUCUUUCAAACUGGUACAACUGACUUUUUAAAACAUUUAGUAGAAUGUUCAUGCUGCUCUUUUCUUACAAUAAAAAUAAAUGGUUACCAAGGACUGCAAAGCUCCAAAAAAAGGACAAAAAUAUGUCUAUACCCUUGUGAAAAAGAAGGGUACACUUUAGCAUACUUUAAAAAAGUACUUACUAGGCAAAUAAUAUACUUUAAAAGAAUACUUAAGUGUUAACUGACUGUAAUGGUUUGUAAUGGACACUUAUGUUCUUUGCAAUUAAAUAAAAUGUGUUUUAGUUUAAAUUUAUAUUAAAUCUAUUUAAAUUUAAGAGUGUUUCUUGACCCACUUAAGUAGUACAUCUUUCUAUGUAAUUUCAGAGUUCUGUUUUCUUUGAAAUAUGGUUAAAGUGUACUGUUGAAAAUAUUGACAAGCAUUUAUGGUAAACUAAAAUGUACUUUAAUGUCAUUUCCUUUGAAACUUGUUUGUCAUGUAUUUCAAUAUAUUUGUAAUUACACAUUUGUAAUGAUAAAGUUGUAAUUAAAUAUAUUUAAAACAUAUUAACUUUAAAUGUAACUUUAAAGAAUUGUUUUUUUUUUUUUUUUAAAUGUACUUUUAAGAUAUGAAGUAUACUACAAGUGCACAUUUAUUACAAUUAAGCACAUUUCUUUUUCACAAGGGUAUUCAAAGUCUUCAAUACAAUAUGACAUUUUAAGUCAUUACUCACUGAUUAUCUCCUGCACCUCUCAAAUCUCAUUCACAUUUGUGCAUAUUCAAAUAUGGCACGACAAAACAUAUCACGGCAGGAUUUAUAUCAAUGAUGAGAGAAGUCAUACAGCUUUACUUGACGGUGAGUAGAUGAAGACAGAAUAUACAUUGUUGGAGGAGCAGAUAAUUUCAUCAUUUUUGGUUUUAUGAAACAUUAUUUGCCCAACAAGAAAAUAAUCAGGUUUGUGCACCUUAGAAUUAAUGCGGAUUGCAUGGUUGCGGUUGGAUUAGGUAAUGUUUUCACUAUUCCUGCUGAAAAAAUAAAUAAAUAAUUCAUGGCCUGUCACAAAACUGAUAUCUUGACAGCACAAUUUUCGGUUACAUGUUCGCUUGUGUGGGUAAUCACGUAACCUCUCUGCACGCCUCUCAGCAAGAUACUGACACAAUGAAACAAAACAAUUAUGUUCUGACUCUUCAGUAUAUCUACAAAAACAUAUUUCUGUUUAACCACAUAUUUGAUUAAAAAUGACAUUGGCGCUGCCAUGGGAAAGAAGUCGGUUAGAAAGGUCAACACUGAAUGGUUAGAUCCCAUAAUUUUCUACUUGCACUAAUAUGCAAAAAUAUGUUUUAGUGCAUGCAAGCUACCGCCAUAAGGGGGAUUAGGUUAUCAAUAAUGUACUGAGAUUGCCUUAUUAGCUUAUUGAAACUAUAAGACUUGAGUAUGAUCAAGUCCUUCAAUAUACUUUUGAUGUCUUCAGCAAAUCCUUUACAUUUUCUAAUUCUGUUUUGUCUCCAAAAUCCAUCCUAAAAAUAUAUAUUUUCUGGGCCGCAAUCCAGUGUAAUGUAAAUCCAACUUGAAAUCCCGCUAACAUAUUUAUUAUUACUGAGAGAAAGAGAGCCCUUCUGCUGAUAUAUGACAUGCAUUUUCUUUUUUCUAUUUUUAGAAAGGUUUAGUUGAGAGAUUCCACUGUAGAGACCGUUUUAUUUUUAAAAUGCUCUUCUGUUCUUGCACUGUAUAUUAUAUCUGUAGAUAUUUUUUGUAAUUUUUUCUUUUUGCAUUUUUACUUUGCAUUUCAUUCUUCCUGAAAUAUUGCUUAUACUAAAGACUCAGGAGGUUUUGUUAUAGUAUAUUCUGUGCAAAAUGUUCAUCCUUGUAUCUUCAGACCUGAAAAUGUUUACUCCCACAUUUGCUGUUUUGCUAUAUUUGUCAUGCACGAUACAAUGAAAUGUUGACCAUCACGACACAUUUUGUUACAAUGAACCUAAAUGAUUUCAGUGUUCACCACAGAAACACAC